CCUUUGUAGUGUUGCUGAACUGGAGCCAUUGUACCUAGCCAGCUGACAAGUUUUGAAAGUGAAAACUGUAUCUACUGUCUUUGAAACCACCUAAAUAGAUGUGCAACUGAAGCAGGUAUUGUAAAUGCACAGCUUGCUACAGGGCAUUUCUUGUUAAUUUCAUAUUUUCAGCUAGCUAACGUAGCUAUGCUUCAUAGUACAGCUAAGCUGGCUAGAAUAACGCUGAUUCCUAUCUGUCUAACGUUAGCUAUCUAGAGAAACUAAAUUAGCAUGUCAGCUGUACCGUUAAUUAGACAAGCACAUAUGUAGCUAGUCACAUUUGCUGUUACUAAUUGUGAAUAGUUAGCUACAUCGUAAAGGUUAGUAGCUAUAUAUCUAACGUUAGCUAGCAAUAUGUUCGGCCAUCAACAACAGCAGCAACGUAUUUGGCAGCUUCAACAACAUCUCCAACAACGUCAGCAGCUGCAAACAACCCAAUUCAUGCCAUCCCAACUUCCACACCAGUACCAAAUGAACCGACCACCUUCUCCUAGCAUGAUCAACCUCUGUCCAGUUCCCCGGGCCCCACUCCUUGCCACCAACCCCAUGCUGCAAGGGGCACUGCUCAUGCAACAACCGAUGCGAGGUAACAUGCGAGGCUUGGCCAUGGGUAGUGGCCUACCCUUUACUUCAUUUUUGGCUGAGGGGGCAAGGCAAUCUCUCCUUGGACCAGCUCCUAUCCCCCAAGUGGGAUUGUCCUCAUCAGGACCCUAUCAUUCCCAUGCACACAUUUUAAACAAGGACAUUUGUGUUAGGAAGAGGGAAAAUGAACGGACUGGAAGUGCUGGUGGCCAGCUGAGCUCCAGCAGUGCAGAGGGGCCCGGGGAGAGGGGUGAUAGGACUACCAAUACAGAGAUGGAGGAUACGGAAUCAGAUGGACAAUUAUUUGCAAAGCAACAGGAGGAGCCUGAGAUGAAGAAGCCGAAGAUGAAUGGGUCAGAAGAGCCUGUGAAUAUAACAAUUGGACAAGAGCCAGUCCCGAAGUCUGAUAAUAGAAUGCCAACAGAUGUAUCGAAGCCUGUAGAUAUCUCUGCUGUCGAGUACAGAGGAGGAAGCACUUCCAUUCAAGUGGCGGAGGAAUGUUGCGAAGAAAGUAUAACAGCAGAACAUGUUCUGGGGGUAGGCACGUCCCUGAAAGUCACCAUCCAGCAGAGCAGCGAGAGCCGGGCGUUCAGCACAGGCCUAGAGGAGUUGGCUGCAGCCACGGGGACCCCCUGUGGUGUAGGGGGACAGGGUGAGGACAGUGACAGGGGAGCUGCGUCUGACAGCCACUACUGCUACAUCUGCAGCCUCCCCUACCACAACCAGCAGAAUUUCCAGAGCCAUAUGAACGGAGUGGAACAUCAACAAUGUAUGCUGGAGAUUCAGCAAGUGAGCAAUGCCUGUCUGGUCAAUCUAUUACCGCUGGUGGGCAACUCCCUACAGGGCACACACAAAGCCGGGGGCAAAAAAACAGGAGGGGUGCGGCGCUGGUGUGCAACCUGCCAAACACACUUUACCGGCGACCUCAUCGAGCACCGGAGGACCAAGGAGCACAAGCUGUCAAAGCAGUCCUCACGUCCCUUCUGCACCGUCUGCAAACGCCACUUCAGGACACCACGGAAGUUUGUGGAGCACAUGAAGUCCCAAGAACACAAGCGGCAGGUGGCAGAGCUCCGGGAGGAGGGAGAGCCAGAGGUCCUUGAGGAACUCAUCACUGUGGAUGCAGUGGGAUGUUUCGAGGGAGAAGAUGACUUUGAGGAGGAGACCCAAGAGGAUGAGGAUAGCAGGGGAGCGCAGCCUGGUCAAAGAGCGGUCCCGCUAGAGCAAGCGGGGGACUACGAAGCGUUUGAUUCCGAAACACAAUACGGCUCAAGCUUUGUUGUACCAGUGGCUGGUUUUCUCUGCAGACUGUGCCAUAAGUUCUUCUAUUUCGAGUCCACGGCCAGGCACAUUCACUGCAAGUCCCUCAUGCACUUCCAGAACUUACAGAAGUACAAAGCCUUGAAGAAUCAAAAGAGCUCCGCUGCGGAGGACACCGCGAAGACAAGGACAUGCAGCCGAACAGUGGGGGACUCCCCUGACCUGAGAGACAGUAGAGAUAACAAGGAGGUUAUCCAAGUGGAAAAUGACUGCAACAUGGCUAGGGACAACACACAUCCCUGUGGUACCUCCUCUACCACGAUCGAGAUGCAUCCUGUUGUCUCUACUCAGGACGAGGCAGAGCAGGACAAUAUCUCCACUGCCACUCCGCAGGUCUCAGAACAGCUGGACUCAGACUCCGUAUUGCCAAAUACCGCAGUCGCUGUCUAUAGGCCGUGCGGCUGUGCCACCCAGCCUCCUUCUGGCUCAAGCUCUGGAUUGGAGAACAUGGUGAAGCCGCCUCCAUGCCAAAGGUCCCAACCGAGCCUCCAGGAGUAUGGGCAUGAUGUGACUGGAGAAAAAAGCUCCUGCAGAGGUGGAUGUGCUCUUGCUUUGCCUGCAGGGCAGCAGAACACAAACAUGAGCAUGCCUCAAACUGCAAGCGAGCCACCACGAGGCAGCCUCUUGGAAAGAGCGCAUCUGCAGCAGGAGAGCGCCACACUGUUGAUGCCACAUAUACUCAAACUGGACGAGGACAGAGAACUAGUCAACAGAGAGGAAUUGGAACUAGAGGAGUCAGCUGGGAUGGGGCCAGGAAAAUCAAGGAGCACGUCGAAAAGAAUGGUGUCCAAAACUAAAUCUACAAGGACAACUCACACAAAAACCUGAGAGAGGAGGGUCGUGUUCACAACCCAGGAAUGUAGCACAAACUAAGCCUCACGAGUCGUUAAUGAUGAUUGAUGGGAUAUCUACACCAUGGGUGUGUGAGUGAUUGAAAGAGUCACCCAAGAUAAGAUUUCACAGACAUCCUGUUUGGUUACAGUAAAGUAGGCCUAGUUUAGUUUGAAUGGAAUCACCAGUUUGUGUUAAUAAAAUAGUACGUGAUACCAUUCACAGUAUUGCAAGGGAUCUCCAAUCACAGUGAGUGAGGUCAUAUUAUGUUAAUGUUGUUUUCUUUAAAGAAAGUGCCUUUGGAUCAUGAGCUCAAUCAAGUCUACCUAAUAUAUUGUAAAUUUCCUCCCUUUGAGCUCUGAACUAAUCACAGUCACACCAUGCAAUCCCAUUCAGGUCAAAACAAUUUGCUUUUGAUCAUUACAUGGUCAAUCUGUCUACAAUAUUUACAGCUGUUCAAUGGUUAUUUCAAUUGAUGAUUUACACCCAUUCAUUCUUGAAGAAUGUCAUUUAUAAAUGCCUUAUGAGCUUAGUACAACUAUCUUAACACAAAAUAUAUAUGGUGGUUGUUUUACUCCAUGGUUUGUACUUUAUAAACAAUUAGCUUCCAAAUAAGUUUAAACUGUAAUUUUGAUCCAGUCCUUCCUUGCAUCCAUAGCUCCAUCUAUGAAUUUGAGUGCUUAUAUUUGGCUGGAAAAGGUAUCAAGGAUUGUGCCUUGAAUGCAUUGUUUGUAAAAAAAUAAAGGUUAGGUUUCUGAAUAUCUUUUUCCAUAUCUUAAAAAAAAAAAGUUAUAAUCAUAUACAGUGGCGGCCAAAUAUAUUGAAAAAUAUACCUUGCACACCUUGCACUUUUCUUAAAUAAUUCCCUACUUCUAAAAUAAGUUGAAAUUGAAAAAAAUAAAUUGGUAUCCACAUGUUGUUAUAGGAUUGUUAAACAUUGCAGAACCAAUUUCUUUGUGAGGAAAUCUAAGUUUACAAUUUUAAUUAAGAAAAAAAAAACAUGGCAUGGACCGCACAGCAUUAUCCAAUCUCACCCAUGUUUGAUUGUAGGGAGGUUGUUAUUUUCUUGCAAUGUUUCAGUUAGUUGUUGGUAAACAUAGGAAGACCCAACUGCUGAAUGAGCACCAUUUGAACCCAACCUAAAAAAGCCUAAAUCCUGGGGAAAUGUUCUGUGGACAAAUUAAACAAAAUUACAGCGCUUUGACAAUACAGAUCAGCACUAUGUUUAUUGAUGACCAAAUGAAGCAUUCUAAUAAAAUAACACCCUACAAUCAAACAUGGGGAGGUUUGAUAAUGCUGUGCCAUUGCUUUGCUGCCUCUGGUACUGGGGGGCUUGAACUUAAGUUUCCCCCCACAAAAAUGUGUUCUGUAAUGUUGACAAUCCGAUGACAUCGUGUGGAGACCAAACAAUUUUUUCAAUUUCAACUUAUUUUAGAAGAAAUAGGGAAUUAUUUAAGAAAAGUGCAAGGGUGCCAAUAUAUUUGGCCACCACAGUAUCAUGUCUUUACUUUUUCUGCAUUGCCUCUGUUUCAAACUGAAAUAGAAGUAAUUUAUAAUGAUAUUCAAAUGCAUUGUUUUCUAUAGGCCACUGUUUCAGUAAUUUGGAUUAUCUUCUAGAUCUUCUGGAUUAUCUUCUAGUUUCAGGAAACUAGGCAUAUGUCGUGCAUCACUACUUCACACUUAAAUGUAAACUUUUAUUUUUUAUCAAAAUGUUAUUUUUUUGCAGAAAUGCCUUCUGGAACAUGUGAACUUUAAUGUGCCUUAAUAUCAAAGAAGUGUAAUUAAAUUGUUGCCAGCA